UUUGAGUAAUUCGAUUACAAAAAAUGAUCAAAGGCAAUUUUUCUUGAAUCGAAGCUUUGUUUAAUUCAUUUCACUCGCAUUAUAUGAGAUGCUCUCCUUGUGUUUCACACAGACGGUUAUUACUGACUAGGGAUGGGCAUAAUUAAUCGAUGAUCGAUAAUUGAUCGUUAAAAAUGUUGUCGAUCACAUGAAAUUUUUAUCAAUCAAACGGUUUCAAAUAUAAGUUGUGUUGCGUAGUGUGAGUCUUGAAGCAAUGCAAUGAAUUUCACUAUGUGGCAGCAAUGAGACAUCUUACCAACGGGGGGCGAUAUUUGACAGAGAAAACGGCUCAGCUACCUACCAGCUGCCAUAGAUAUCAAACGUAAACAUGAAGAGGUCAUGGCAUGGGACCUUUUCAAACUAAAAAUGACGGAGAUCAUUGUAAAUCCUGCACCUUGGCCAGGCUACCCAGGACAGCGCAACAAUGCCUCUGCAUCCCGGCUACUUCGGUCCCGUCAGAGCGUUUCAGCUGCUGGACUGACUGUCACCAGGCUGUGCUCACUGAUCCCUGAGCAUGCUAAAAUGCUAACAUGCUAAUCAACAAGAAUCAGUUAGCUGGAGUUACUUUACUUUGUUAGCAAAAAAACCCAAAACUUUACUUUGUUAGCAGUGGACAGUCACCACCGUAGCCUUUAGGUGAGUCACUCUUGUUGUUUUAUGAGGCUCUAGUUAAAUAAGCGUAAUUGUGAAAUAACACUAUCUUUGUCACUCACUCUCCCUCUUUCUCUCUCGGCUCGGCUGGGUGCAUUUUUCCGGAGUAAUAUUCUGUUUUUUGAUAAAGUUGUUAUUAGAUUAGAUUGUUUUUUUGGAAAUGUUUCUUUUCUUGCACUACUUCCGGUGCCGGCGAGAGCGGGCGGUCCACCCAGUAGCUCUCGUUGUUACGUCUUUGUUUGUCUUUUUAACUACUUUUUUAAAACUACUUUUUAACUACUUUUCCGCUUGCAAACCGGACAUGUUAUAUCCUAUGGAUAUGGAUACCACUCCGCAGGAAAGCAGCAGCACAAGGCGGAUUUACUCGAGGAAUCAGUUACUAGCGGUGAGAACAAAGGGAACUACAGACAACGCUUACGUUAACAGCAUACCGAAGGAGUUGAGACGUCCCUACCGAGGCUGCAGAGCGGGGGCUAAAGUUAAGGCGAGGGUCCUGGCGAAGCGGUGGAAGUAUAAACCGUCUAUCCCUUUGUGUGUGAUUGGUAACGUUAAUUCACUCACAAACAAAACUGACGAACUGGAAUCUCUGGUGAGGAACGUAAAACUGUACAGGGAAUGCAGCUUGAUGGUUCUUACGGAGACGUGGCUGAACAAUAACACACUAGAUGCUAACAUUGAGCUUCCCGGUUUCUCACAUGUGAGGGCGGACAGAGACCGGAGUUUGAGUGGAAAGAGCAAAGGUGGAGGGCUCGUACUUUACAUCAACAACAGAUGGUGUAACCCCGGAAAUGUUACGGUGAAGGACAUUAUCUGCUGCCCGGAUGUUGAACUGGUAGCGGUGAGUUUACGUCCAUAUUACUUGCCGCGAGAGUUCACAAACGCCAUCAUCGUCUGUGUUUACAUACAGCGUCGAGCUAAGGCUGAAAACGCGUGUGACGUCAUCCACUCAACUAUCGCGAGACUCCAGGCUCAGCACCCCGAUGCUUUCAUUGCCAUAUCAGGGGAUUUUAAUCAUGUCACAUUGGACUCAACACUGCCCGCCUUUUACCAGUUUGUUAACUGCCCCACACGACAGAGCAGAACAAUUGAUCUUCUGUAUGCCAAUAUUAAGGAUGCUUAUACUGCCACUGCACUACCACCACUGGGGAAAUCAGAUCACAAUCUGGUCUCCCUACAACCACUGUACACUCCACGCGUCCGGAGAGAACCAAUCACAACACACACUUUCAGGAUGUAUUCCCUCCCAAACUCCUCGGGAUGUUUUAACAUUCUGUGGUCGCCAGCGUCCUCUUCUAUGCGGUGGUGUGCUGGGGAGGAAGCACUAAGAAGAGGGAUGCCGGGCGACUGGAUAGGCUGGUAAAAAAAGCUGGCUCUGUUGUGGGAGCUGAACUGGAGAGCAUCACUUCAGUAACAGACAAAAGGACCCUGAACAAACUGCUCACCAUCAUGGACAAUGAAGGUCAUCCACUUCAAAACACCAUCAUCCAGCAGAAGAGCAUGAUCAGCUGGAGACGAUGCUCACUGUCAUGCAAAACUGACAGACUGAGUAAUUCAUUUGUCCCCAGGGCCGUACAACUGUACAAUCUGACAAUAAAAGGACCCCCACAGCCUGGACUAAAUUCACUUUAAAUUGUAUAUUGCACUAUAUUUUUAUUUUUGCACUUUAUCACACAGCCUCAGCCUCAGACCUUGUUUUUUUAUUUAGUAUUGAGUAUUUAAUUAUUUAGUAUAUUGUUCUUAAUAUUCUUAUUCUUACCUUAUUUGUAUUCAUACAGAUUUUACUUUUUACAUUCCUGUUUAUGUUGUUUGUGUAUGUCAUGUGUGAUGUCUUUGUGUAUUAAGCUGCUGGACCCUAAAUUUCCCCUAGGGGAUCAAUAAAGUUUACAUCUAUCUAUCUAUCUAUCUAUCUAUCUAAAAGAGGCUCAAUUGUGCUUAAGUGCGCUGUAUUGAUUGAUAUGUGAAGAGGUUUGGCCCGGAGCUUCGGGCUCAGCUGCUUUUACAAGCGUCCUGUAUAAUGUUAUUUUUAAGAUAAAAAAUAAUGAUUAAUCAAUAAUUGAUCGUUCAUUUUCCCGAUGAUCGAUCAAGAAAAUGUAUUCAAAUGCCCAUCCCUAUUACUGACGCACACUGUGUCCCUCGCUAUGUCGCGGAGCAGUUUACUAUAGAGUGAAAACUAGGUCUGCAGCUAAUGAUUAUUUUUGUAAUCGAUCAUUCUAUCGAUUAUUUCAUCGAUUAAUCAAGUAAUCGAAUAAAUUAUUAUUAUUAUUUAUUUUUUUUAGAUUUUUUCUGGCAUAGAUGCAUUUAUUUGACAGUAGAGAGACAGGAAAUUACGAGAGAGAGGGGGAGGUGUGUCAUUACCAGGCAGGGAGUUCCGGUCCUCUGAAAUGAUGCCAACGCGGAAGUAACUUAAAACUGCAUUCUAUCAAAAGGCCACCAGGGGGCGACCGUUUUGGUGUCCAAAGGACUUCCGUCUCAAUACAAGUCAAUGGAGAAUUCACCAACUUCUUACUUGAUUUUCUAACCUCAGUUAACAUUUUUAAAAUGUGUUUAUGGUCUCAAUCGCUAGUUUAAAGCCUUCUUCAAUGCAGUAUGAUGUUCAUUUGUGAAAUUUUGGCCUCCCUGAUUUUAUAUUUGACGAUAAAGCAGGGUAUGCAUUAGGGCGUGGCUACGUUGUGUUUGACAGGUUGAUUGGUUCACAGGUUCAGGAGGGCGCCUCAUGCCCCUCCUGAUGCCCAUAUAAGUAGAAUCCGUGUUUUUAUUUUUCCCGGCAUGCACCUGAAAAUUUCAAGAUGGCGCUGCUCAGAUCUGAUACUAUUGGCUUCCGAGCAGCAGUCCACAAAUCAAUGGAUGACGUCACGGAUGUUACGUCCAUUUCUUAUAUACAGUCUAUGGUCAUUACCCGAUGUGAGUCGCUACCCAAUUUGAGUCGCACAUGCGCAGUUGAGUCUGCCAAGAUCCACCAUAUUGGACAGUUACGUACGGCAACUCCGCUUGGAAAAAACACAUUAUUCACCCGAAUCAUCGCGAUUCAUGAGAAAUAUGAACUUUUGAGUGCUUUCUACAUCCCCAAGGUUAUAGUUUAUAUUGUAUUUUAAAUAUGGUUUUGUCAGCUGCAGCACUGUGAGAAGAGUUAUUUCUGUGUUUCCUCAUGUUUUAUGUGUAUAAUGUUAAUCUAACAGCAGCAGUAGUGUUGUUGUAGUUACGGCAGGGCUCCAGCAGAGGGAGUGUAGAGCUGUCAGUCAUUACACACUUGACCAGAGGAAAGUUUGUGUGUCUGUGUAUUUUUCACAUUAAUACAUAAUAAGAAAAAAGUCCCAGUCACAUCAGCCGCUAAUUCAGAUCAGGAUAUAUUAAAGUUUAUAUUGAAAAAAACAAAAAAACACUAUGCAUGCGCAACUCACAUUGGCUGCUUUGUCUGACUCACAUUGGGUAGCGAAAUUGCGCAUGCGUGACAAAUGGCUUGUGUAUUAAUACUUCUCUGGUUAGACACUGUCUCCCCUUGAGAUAGUGGUAAGCAGUGAGUGUGCUCCUUUUGGGGAAAACAGGAGGCAUUCUGAUAGUGUUGCUAUAGCAGCCAAGUUCAGAUAUGUGUUUGACUGUUUUCCCUGAAUGGGGUAAAGGUAACUGGAGUCAGAGGUUUGAUAAAGUGUUGGAUGUAGGACAAAGGUCCUGAGUGAGGUCUAAGCAAUGUUUUGUCUAUAGACCAGUAGACUAAAUUCUGUAUAUUGUAGAUGUGUUGGAUCUGCCCAUAUUUGGGCAUGGCUCAACCUGUGGCAUUAUCUGUGUGUUUAAAGUCUAUCCCCGGAGGAGAGAAACUUCAGAAUUGAAGGGAG